AUGACAUCACAGUGCCACAAAUCCCAGUCCUGCUGUGGGUUUGGUCCACCAUUUGGAUGUCAUGUAACAACAUUGCCCAGGUUACUGUUAAUGUUGAUUUUGGGUCUAAGUCCAGAGACAUGGGCUCAGCAGGGCACACAACCACACUCCAUCAAGAUCGAGGGGGACAUCACCCUGGGUGGCCUGUUCCCAUUGCACUCCCGUGGGCCAGCUGGUGUGCCCUGUGGGGAGAUCAAGCGGGAGAAAGGGAUCCACCGUAUGGAGGCCAUGCUGUAUGCCCUGGAUCAGAUCAACAGUGACCCUGACCUCCUGCCUAACAUCACCCUGGGGGCCAGGAUCCUGGACACCUGUUCUAGAGACACCUACGCCCUGGAGCAGUCGCUCACCUUCGUCCAGGCCCUCAUCCAGAAGGAUAACUCGGACGUGCGCUGCUCCAAUGGCGAGCCACCCAUCAUUCCCAAACCGGAGAGGGUGGUGGGAGUAAUCGGGGCAUCAGGCAGCUCAGUGUCCAUCAUGGUGGCCAACGUGCUGAGACUCUUUGCGGUGAGAUUCCUUCCUGUGCUGUGCAUUGUCAGCCCUCACUGUACUAUAUUCCCAUGCUGCAUCCUCAUCCUCACACACAUAUAUAUUUUCUUCAUCAGAGUUAAAGACCCAGUGCAGUCAAAAACAUGAUUUUCCUGUGUUUUAUAUAUAUUUCCACACUAUGAGGUUGGAAUAAUACUGUGAAAUUGUGAAAUUUAUGAUCAUGUCCUUAUAGUGUAUGAACUGUUUGAAAAGAUUGAAGCUAUUAUUGUUUAUUUUUGAACAUUUUAAUUAAAAACAAUCACAGUAAGGUACUUAAUUGUGGUCCUCUGUAGCUCAGCUGGUAGAGCACGGCGCUUGUAACGCUAAGGCAGUGGGUUCGAUCCCCGGGACCACCCAUACACAAAAAUGUAUGCACGCAUGACUGUAAGUCGUUUUGGAUAAAAGCGUCUGCUAAAUGGCAUAUUAUAUUAUUAUUAUUAUUAUUAUUAUUAUAUUUAAUUGUUACCUAGAAAUUAUUUUAUAUUGAGAUAAACAGCUGCAUUGGACCUUUAAUAUACCUUUUAAAUUACUUAAUGUGUGGGGCAAUUGUGUGUUUUGAUAUAAAUCAAAACUACACGUUGAACUGACGUCUGUGCCCAGUGGGAUGUAGCAGUAGGGUAUGACGUCUAUGGAAUGUGAACCAUAUUCCCCUGUGAACCAAUGUUCUGAGCCGUGAAUAGGUUUUCCUGAUGAAUCAGCUGUGAACUCACACCCUGGCAUUUUCCUCAACUGUUUAAUUUCACACAAACUUAAUAUAAGAAACUAAGACUAAGAUAUAUUUUUAUGGAACUGCAUGAAAGUCAUAUACUUGAUUUAUUCUCAUCUAUAUGCAGUUGCAUGUUGGCCUUCCAAGAAGGAUGUUGGACAAGAGUGCCAUUCUGUGAGCUGUGAGAUGUUGCAGGCACAACCCCUAAUUUGGAGUUCAGGAGUUAGGUGAUAAAAUACAGAGUAAGAAACACUGCAGUUUUGAUAAAAAAUAAUAGUGUGUUAUAAACACCUUUCAAAAUACCGCAGUAGGUAAUCCUAGUCAUGUAGUGAAUGUAUUUGUUGAUGCAUUGUGGAGUUGUUGAGAGAUGAUUGACCUCUGAUCAUUGACUACACUGCUCAUUGCUGUAAUGGGACACUGAGGCUGCCUAAAUCCCUCAGUGACUUAGUGACAUGACCCAUUAAUGACCCACUAGUAAUCUAGAAAUGUAGCUGUUAAAACAAGCCAUUUCAACUGGGUCAAAUAAUCUUCAGGUUCAAGAAGCUAAGCAUCUACCAUCUCUAGUCCUCUGUCACUAGUUAGUUCUCAUUAUGGAGAGCUAUUAGUUGGGAACCAAGGAGUCAGUUUGCAUAUCGUGCAGAUGUUAACUACAGAAUUAUAGAUCCCAUCCUCCAUGAAGCCCCUCUCAGCAGCUCAAGACCCUGUCUGAAAAUAGAGCAUCAGGCCAGAGGGAUGACAUUGGUUCUACGAUCAGCAACUUUCUAACCGGUGUUCAGCAGAUUUAACUAAGUGGUGGGCUUGUCCUGUACAUACAGUUGAAGUUGGAAGUUUACAUACACUUAGGUUGGAGUCAUUAAAACUAGUUUUUCAACCGCUCCACAAAUGUCUUGUUAACAAACUAUAGUUUUGGCAAGUCGGUUAGAACAUCUACUUUGUGCAUGACACAAGUAAUAUUUCCAACAAUUGUUUACAGACAGAUUAUUUCACUUAUAAUUCACUGUAUCACAAUUCCAGUGGGUCAGAAGUUUACAUACACUAAGUUGACUGUCCCUUUAAAAAGCUUGGAAAAUUCAGAAAACUAUGUCAUGGCUUUAGAAGCUUCUGAUAGGCUAAUUGACAUCAUUUGAGUCAAUUGGAGGUGUACCUGUGGAUGUAUUUCAAGGCCUACCUUCAAACUCAGUGCCUCUUUGCUUGACAUCAUGGGAAAAUCAAAAUAAAUCAGCCAACCACGUUCAUCUGUACAAACAAUAGUACGCAAGUAUAAACACCAUGGGACCACCGCUCAGGAAGGAGACGCGUUCUGUCUCCUAGAGAUGAACAUACUUUGGUGCGAAAAGUGUAAAUCAAUCCCUGAACAACAGCAAAGGACCUUGUGAAGAUGCUGGAGGAAACAGGUACAAAAGUAUCUAUUUCCACAGUAAAACGAGUCCUAUAUCAUAACCUGAAAGGCCACUCAGCAAGGAAGAAGCCACUGCUCCAAAACCGCCAUAAAAAAGCCAGACUACGGUUUGCAACUGCACGUGAGGACAAAGAUCGUACUUUUUGGAGAAAUGUCCUCUGGUCUGAUGAAACAAAAAUAGAACUGUUUGGCCAUAAUCGUUAUGUUUGGAGGAAAAAGGGGAACUUGCAAGCCGAAGAACACCAUCCCAACCGUGAAGAACGGGGGUGGCAGCAUCAUGCUGUGGGGGUGCUUUGCUGCAGGAGGGACUGGUGCACUUCACAAAAUAGAUGGCAUCAUGAGGAAGGAAAAUUAUGUGGAUAUAUUGAAGCAUCAUCUCAAGACAUCAGUCAGGAAGUUAAAGCCUGGUCGCAAAUGGGUCUUCCAAAUGGACAAUGACCCCAAGCAUACUUCCAAAGUUGUGGCAAAAUGGCUUAAGAACAACAAAGUCAAGGUAUUGGAGUGGCCAUCACAAAGCCCUGACCUCAAUCCUAUAGAACAUUUGUGGGCAGAACUGAAAAAGCAUGUUUUUAUUUAUUUAUUUAUUUAACCUUUAUUUAACCAGGUAAGCCAGUUGAGAACAAGUUCUCAUUUACAACUGCGACCUGGCCAAGAUAAAACAAAGCAGUGCGAUUAAAAACAGCAACACAGAGUUAUAUGGGGUAAACAAAACAUAAAGUCAAAAAUACAACAGAAAAUAUAUAUACAGUGUGUGCGAAUGUAGUAAGUUAUGGAGGUAAGGCAAUGAAUAGGCCAUAGUGCAAAAUAGUUACAAUUUCGUAUUAACACUGGAAUGAUAGAUGUGCAAGUAGAGAUACUAGGGUGCAAAUUAGCAAAAUAAAUAACAAUAUGGGGAUGAGGUAGUUGGGUGGGCUAAUUUCAGAAUGGCUGUGUGGGAGCAAGGAGGCCUACAAACCUGACUCAGUUACACCAGCUCUGUCAGGAGGAAUGGGCCAAAAUUCUCCCAACUUAUUGUGGGAAGCUUGUGGAAGGCUACCCGAAACGUUUGACCCAAGUUAAACAAUUUAAAGGCCAUGCUGCCAAAUACUAAUUGAGUGUAUGUAAACUUCUGACCCACUGGGAAUGUGAUGCAAGAAAUAAAAGCUUAAAUAAAUCAUUCUCUACUAUUAUUCUGACAUUUCACAUUCUUAAAAUAAAGUGGUGAUCCUAACUGACCUAAAACAGGGCAUUUCUUACUAGGAUUAAAUGUCAGGAAUUGUGAAAAACUGAGUUUAAAUGUAUUUGCCUAAGGUGUAUGUAAACUUCCGACUUCAACUGUAUGUACUCAGGGAUGGAAAUUAAGCUAGCCCGCUAGCCCGAGGCUAGUACUUUUAUAGACCAGGCUUGUAGAAACUGUGUUUACAAAUAUUGCAUGGCACAGAUUUUGGACCUGGGCUACUUAAAAAUGUGGUCUACUAACUGGCUAGUGCCCAAAAUCCUUAAGUUCCAUCCCAUAAUGUACUGUUCUAGAGUUUGCACAGUUAGUUAGUCUGAUGUGUGAUGUCCUCAGUCUGAUUUAAUACACACAGUAUCACUUCUAUCUAAUACCAGAGUCAGAGCGAAUUUGUUUAAAAGCGUAAUUUUCAUGAUUUAAUGUGAUUGUUCUCUCAUUUUAAUCACAUUACAUAAUAUUCUAACAUGACAUCUGAACUACAUGUUCUUUGUGGUAUUUAUUAAAUGUUUGCAUUGUCCUGGUCUUGAGAGUGUAAGAGCACAGGGAAGGGUUAGGUUUGUCUAUAGGGUUGAGGUCAGAGAUCCCUGUAAAUGUCAUUGAACUCAACACACAUGGCACUGACAAUAAACAUGGCGCGGCCAAAUAGCCAGUUAGGGUUGCAACAUAGCAGAACAGUCUAUUUCUUUUUUGAUAGACUGUCUGACAGCCAUAAUCAAUUGAUUUCUGAAGAUAAUUGAUGGCAUCCUUGUCUUUUGGUUUAAAGGAGGCUUAAUGUUGUUUUAGGAAUUAGUGUUGGAAUGUAAAUAUUUGAAAUGAAUGUUACUAUUGAUGUUAUCAUUGAUCACAUCAUUGUUUGGUAUAUUCAAGUUCACUCUCCCCAACAGAAGAUUAUAUAGUAGGAGCCAUAUAUGGUAUACAUACAGAUGUAGGAUCUUAAUUUGAGCCAGUUUACUACAGCAGGAAAAGAAUCCUGCAGCAACAGGAAAUGUGAAUUAUUAUGUGGAUUAUAAUUCAUGGACAUUUUUGUAGGGGUUGAUAUAUUUUUCGUAAGGGAAAAUCAAGUCUGAAAUUUCAAUGUGGAAAUUACAAACUUCAGAAGCCUAUUUAAACCUCAAAUACACUACAUUAGUUAUCCUGCAACGGUGUGAUCAAAUUAAGAUUUUACAUCUGUAAUAGAGUAAUAGAUUAAUGUUCUCACUAAAGGGAAAGGGUUAAAGUAAAGCAACAAAUUUAAGCUGCAUGUGGCCGUCAGAAUUAAAUAUAUUGUAUGGCUUACAGCUGAGAAAUGGUAACGUUGUCUCUUGAUCUCUGUCUCUCUCCCUCUGUGCUUGACGCAAUUUGACUAAAACCCAUAUAAUCCUUCCAGAUAAUCUGUGAAAUGGUUCUCUCCCUCUUCUCUCCUUCUCCCUUCACAACCCCUUGUGUCUACCUUUCUCUCCUCGUCCCUCUAAAGAACCUCUCAUUAAACCAUGGGCAGGCAUUAGUGGGGUCAGAGCGAAGCCCACUCACAUAAACUGUGUCAUUAAGGAUGUAGCACACCAGUAAAUUCAUCUUUUCAUCACAUUUUUUCCAAACAAAUGCUUUUACUGCAGUGAAACGUAUCAUCUGUAUUUUACCAUGACGUUGGCUUUUAUGGCCGACACAGACCAGUAGUUAAAGCUGUAGAAAUAUUACACUGUCUGAAUGUUCCAGUGGAUGACAUUGGCUGGACAAGUGAGAACUAUUCAGCACCCUCCAUUAUAGUGUUGUUUUGGGACAAAAUGCCUGGCAAUGUGUCAUCAUAAGGUAUUAUGUGGUUUGUUUACCAACUGUGUGUAGGAUUUAUCCACACAAAGAUUGAUUUUAUAAAUGACACAUGGUGUCUGGUGCUGCAGAGAAAAGCCCAUAUGGUUCAGUAACUUUCCAACAUCCAGUAACCCUCCUUUUGAAUCUAAUGAUUGUCUCUUCUUAAAAUUCAGCACAUGCAGCCAUUAACAUCAUGUAACAUCUGUAUCUUUCAGAUCCCUCAGAUUAGUUAUGCGUCCACGGCUCCAGAGCUGAGUGACAAAAGCCGUUAUGAGUUCUUCUCCCGUGUGGUCCCUCCUGACUCCUACCAGGCCCAGGCCAUGGUGGACAUCGUCAAGGCUAUGGGGUGGAACUACGUAUCUACACUGGCCUCAGAAGGAAACUACGGAGAGAGCGGCGUCGAUGCCUUCCUCCAGAUAUCUCGAGAGGCAGGUUUGUACUGAAUUUAGUGGUAAAUUGACAUUUUCUGAUGUAGCCUAACUAUGGCCACCAUGGUGUUGCAGUUGAUGGUACUGUAUUGGGAGGAUUUGAUGUCCAAUGGAGGAGCCACCUUGAUGGUUUGGAUCUUGUCUUUCUUCUCCCUUUAUUCAGGAGGUCUAUGCAUCGCCCAAUCCAUCAAAAUCCCUCGAGAGCCCAAACCAGGGGGCUUUGAUAAGAUCAUCAAGAGACUAAUGGAGACCUCUAAUGCUCGUGGUGUCAUCAUCUUUGCCAAUGAGGACGACAUCAGGUGAGUGGUAACCUAGUAGUAACUUCUCCUUUCCUUUCCUUUCCCUAGGAACAUUGUCAUAUAACCACCAUGCUACUUGUUCUCUAAGCACUACAGUACCAAGUUCCUAUAGACUCUAGAGCAAAUAAAGGACCAGCGUGCUAAUGCCUUACCACCACUUCUCACAGACGUGUCUUAGAGGCAGCAAAGAAGGCCAACCUGACGGGUCACUUCCUUUUUGUGGGCUCUGACAGCUGGGGGGCCAAGAGCUCUCCCAUCCUGGACCAGGAGGAUGUGGCUGAGGGGGCUGUCACCAUCCUCCCCAAGAGGGCCUCCAUUGACGGUAAGGAAAACAUAUGGAAAAGGUAUUGCAGAGAUACAUUAUAUUUUGGUUUUCAGUAUGACUAUAACUUCAGUGGGUGAUGGGGAAAGUCUGGGAAAGUCUUAAACAUAUGGUGAUAAUGAUGCUCUGUUUGUCCUCUGUUGGUUCUUUGCCCAGGGUUCGACAACUACUUCACCUCGAGAUCUCUGGAAAACAACAGAAGGAACAUCUGGUUUGCUGAAUACUGGGAGGACGACUUCAAAUGUAAACUGACUCGACCAGGUAUCAAGUACGACCUUGGUAGGAGAAAAUGUACAGGUAAGAGAAGAGGUUAUUUCUGACAUAUUUUAAUUGUUUAUAUCUCACAUAAGCAGAUUUAUUUAUAGGCUACACUGGCUUUAACCAUUGUAUGCCACCCUUUAUCCCUUCUUCAGGUGAAGAGAGAAUCGCUCAGGAAUCUCAGUACGAGCAGGAAGGGAAGGUACAGUUUGUGAUCGACGCGGUGUAUGUCAUGGCCCAUGCCUUACACAGCAUGCACCUGGACCUCUGUCCGGCCUCCAUGGGCGUCUGUGAGAAGAUGGACCCGGUGGAAGGGAGUCAGCUGCUCCAAUACAUUCGCUCUGUCAACUUUAAUGGUGAGUUGGAAAUGUAGAGACCAGGGGUCAUUAAAGGUCCAAUGCAGCCGUUUUUAUCGCAAUAUCAAAUAAUUUCUGGAUAACAAUUAAGUACAAAAAUUGCUUCUUAGCAAAGGGCAAUUUCUCAAGCACAAAUUUAGCUAAGACUGUCUGGGAGUGGUUUAAGUUGUCUAUUAACUAAUAUCCUGCAUGAUGAUCUCACCAUGGAAGGCCAAAACUCCAUCCCACCAAAACAGGCAGACAUUUCAGGCAGGCGGUAAUUUCAAACAGCUCUUAGGGUCUUGAGGGAUUCCAUUGGAGCAGCAGUCAAUCAGGUCUUGGAACAUUCAAUAGACUUUGUUUAAAUCAAGUUUGAAAAAACAUUUUCCAUCCUGACUUUUCUUUUUUAUUGUUGCUGUCAAAUCAGAAAAUACUCUUGAUCAUUUAAAUGAUACAAAGAUUGGCUAGAAAGUGUAUAGAGAAAAUGCACAAACCAGUUGAAUCAACGCUGUUUCAACAUAAUUUGUCAGCAUAUUGUGACGUGGAAUCUACGUGGAAAAUACAUUUGAUUUGAAAAAAGUAAUCAACUGUUGUUUUGAGGGUGAAAUUUCAACCACAGUAUUGUGUCAUCAUGGUAACAAAUUUUCAACAUAGACAAACCUUGUAUAAAAUACACUACAUGACCAAAAGUAUGUGGACACUUGUUCGUCAAACAUCUCAUUCCAAAAUCAUGGGCAUUAAUAUGGAGUUAUCCCCCCUUUGCUGCUAUAACAGCCUCCACUCUUCUGGGAAGGCUUUCUACUAGAUGUUGGAACAUUGGUUGCUGGUUAUUUAUAAAACCCUCUUAGGCCUCACUCACCCCUAUCUGAGAUAGCUACUGCAGCCCUCAUCCUCCACAUACAACACCCGUUCUGCCAGUCACAUUCUGUUAAAGGUCCCCAAAGCACACACAUCCUUGUGUUGCUCCUCUUUUCAGUUCGCUGGAGCUAGCGACUGGAACGAGCUGCAAAAAACACUCAAACUGGACAGUUUUAUCUCCAUCUCUUCAUUCAAAGACUCAAUCAUGGACACUCUUACUGACACUUGUCUCUAUCUUCUUGCCUUUGUGCUGUUCUCUGUGCCCAAUAAUGUUUGUAGCAUGUUUUGUGCUGCUACCAUGUUGUGCUGCUGCCAUGUUGUGUUGCUACCAUAUUAUUGUCAUGUGGUGUUGCUACCAUGUUGUGUUGUCAUGUGUUGCUGCCAUGCUAUGUUGUUGUCUUAGGUCUCUCUUUAUGUAGUGUUGUGGUGUCUCUCUUGUCAUGAUAUGUGUUUUGUCCUAUAUUUUUAUCUUUAAUCCCAGUCCCCGUCACCGCAGGAGGCCUUUUGCCUUUUGGUAGGCUGUCAUUGUAAAUAAGAAUUUGUUCUUAACUGACUUGCCUAGUUAAAAAAAGGUGAAAUAAAAAUUGCUGUGGGGACUUGUUUCCAUUCAGCCACGAGCAUUAGUGAGGUCGGGCACUGAUGUUGGGUGAUUAGGCCUGGCUCGCAGUCGGUGUUCCAAUUCAUCCCAAAGGUGUUCGAUGGGGUUGAGGUCAGGGCUCUGUGCAGGCCAGUCAAGUUCUUCCACACCGAUCUUGACAAACCAUUUCUGUAUGGACUUCGCUUUGUGCAGGGGGGCAUUGUCGUACUGAAACAGGAAAGGGCCUUCCCCAAACUCUUGCCACAAAGUUGGAAGCACAGAAUCAUUUAGAAUGUCAUUGUAUGCUGUAGCCUAGUCCGAACCAUGAAAAACAGCCCCAGACCAUUAUUCCUCCUCCACCAAACUGGCACUAUACACUGCGGCAGGUAGCGUUCUCCUGGCAUCCGCCAAACCCAGAUUCGUCCGUUGGACUGCCAGGUGGUGAAGCGUGAUUCAUCACUCCAGAGAACGCGUUUCCACUGCUCCAGAGUCCAAUGGUGGCGAGCUUUACACCACUCCAGCCAACGCUUGGCAUUCCGCAUGGUGAUCUUAGGCUUGUGUGCGGCUGCUCAGCCAUGGAAACCCAUUUCAUGAAACUCGCGACGAACAGUUAUUGUGCUGACGUUACUUUCAGAGGCAGUUUGGAACUCGGUAGGGAGUGUUGCAAGCGAGGACAGACGAUUUGCGCUUCAGCACUCGGCGGUCCGGUUCUGUGAGCUUGUGUGGCCUACCACUUUGUGGCUGAGCUGUUGUUGCUCCUAGACGUUUCCACUUCACAAUAACAGCACUUAUCGAGGCAGCUCUAGCAGGGCAGAAAUUUGACGAACUGACUUGUUGGAAAGGUGGAAUUGUAUGACGGUGCCAUGUUGAAAGUCACUGAGCUCUUCAGUAAGGCCAUUCUACUGCCAGUGGUGUAAAGUACUUAAGUCAAAAAUACUUGAAAGUACUACUUAAGUCGUUUUUGGGGGUAUCUGUACUUUACUUUACUAUUUAUAUUUUUGACAACUUUUACUUCACUACAUUCCUAAAGGAAAUUAUGUACUUUUUACUCCAUACAUUUUCCCUGACACCCAAAAGUACUCGUUACAUUUUGAAUGCUUAACAGGACAGGAAAAUGGUCAAAUGUACGUACUUAUGAAGAGAACAUCCCUACUGCCUCUUAUCUGGCGUACUCACUAAACACAAAUACUUAGUUUGUAAAUUAUAUCUGAGUGUUGGAGUGUGCCCCUGGCUAUCCGUAAAUUUUAAAAACAAGAAAAUGGUGCGGUCUCGGUUUGCUUAAUAUAAGGAAUUUGAAAUGAUUUACAGGAUACUUCUACUUUUACUUUUGAUACCUAAGCAUAUUUUAGCAAUUACAUUUACUUUUGAUACUUAGGUAUAUUUAAAACCAAAUGCUUUUAGACUUUUACUCAAGUAGCAUUUUACUGGGUGACUUUCACUUUUAAUUCAGGCAUUUUCUAUUAAGGUAUCUUUACUUUUACUCAAGUAUGAACAUUUUGUACUUUUUCCACCACUGUCUACUGACAAUGUUUGUCUAUGGAGAUUGCAUGGCUGUGUGCUCGGUUUUAUACACCUGUCAGCAACGGGUGUGGCUGAAAUAACCGAAUCCACUAAUUUGAAGGGGUGUCGACAUACUUUUGUAUAUAUAGUGCAUGUUGAAUUUGUACCUUUGAAACAACGUCAGUCCUCAACGUUAUGUCCACGAUCAGAGAAAAAACAAUAGGCUGGGCAGCACCUUCUACUGGAGAGUUGAUCUAUCCAUUUCGUCUCCCAUCCAGCGUUUUAACCAAGCCCUGCUUACCUUUGAUAUUUGUCACUGACUACUACCAAUGUGUUGUCGUGAGAAUGAAUAUUGAGCGAUCUCGUAAUAACUAAAUAGAUUCACUGUUGCUAUCGAAGUCAUUUCACAGGGUACGUUUAACAGAGCAAAUGUAAUGUACGCCUAACCACACUUUAUAAAUCAUAUACUGUAUAAUCAAUUACGCUAUUUAGGCCUAUAUACAUUUGUGAAGUCAUCAACAGCUAUUGUUUCAAUUCAACCUAGAAUUCAACUAAAAAUAGACAAUAUAUAUAGGCCCUAAGGUUUCAAACUUUGGUUGAUUUCAAAUGUAAUCUUCAAGUUAAUAAUUAAUAUGUUGGAUUCACAUCUCCAUCUCAACCAAAAAUCUAAGUUAAAGAAUAAGACUAAAUCAAAUAAACUUUAAAUGCACUUUAAAUAAUUUGAUUUGAUUUAGUCCUAUUCUUUCACUUAGAUUUUUGGUUGAUAUGGAGACAUGAAUCCGACAAGCUGGAACUAAAGCCAGACUAAAUCCGUGGCACAAAAGAUACAUCUCCUUUAAAUGUUGAUAUUUUGAUGUGUAGACAACCAAACACAAUUCAAUAUCACUUUUGCAAUACAAUAAAUAGCCUAUUAACUUGUCGACAAACAAAUCAUAUGUUGGAUUCACGUCUCCAACUAAACUCAAAAAAUGAGUUAAAGAAUAGGAUUAAGCCAGUGGCUCAGAUGGAACUGUCCAAGCAUUAGAUCCAUCUCCUUUAAAUUGUGAUAUUUGGUUGGGUUGUCAACCAAAUACAAUUCAAUAUGACUUUUAUAAUACAGUAAAUAGCCUAAAGUUAAGGCUAUCUUACAAACUAAUGUAAUAGUAUUUAUUCAACCUUAAAAUGAGUAACACAUCCAUGGCUACAUUUUGAGGUAACUGUAAGUAUACAUGUUUUCUUAUGUAAUCAUAGAAUGUGUGCAUGUUGAAGAUAGCAUGCAAAGAUCCCAGGUCUGUGGAGAUCUUCACAAUUGCUAUAUUAAUCUGUGCAGAAUCUUGAAUGGCAUUGAUUACUUGCACUAUGUACUUUUAAUGUAAUAUGUAACAUUUAAUGUAACAUUUAGUUGUGCUAUUAGAUAAAGCACAGUGAUAUAAUACAAAAUAUCUGACAUUGUAUUCCCAUUAUAGACCUUUCUUGCAGUCAAAUGACCAAAUCGCCCUCUAGUGGCCUCAUGGGUGGAAUGUUUUCAUAAUUUCAUAAUUAAUCAACAUUAUUUAAAAAAAACGCUGAAAAUCCGGUGUUUCUAUGUCAAACUGUUUUGUUAUAUUUUAGUGUUCUGUGAUUUAUAUAACAUGUAAUAUUGGGAUUGACAUGGUACAAGUGACUUAUUUUUUGUAAGCCCAUAACCAUAUGUGUGAGGUGUAUACGUUUGUUUCAAAGUAGAUUUGUUUAAGACUACCAAGAAACACUCUGUGUGACCCUGAUUUAGCACACUGCAGUAAAAAAAAUAACUUUGCUGUGCUUUUAAAUGGUUGAAAGCGCAGUGAUAACACGUUUAGAUGACAACUAAACCAACAUUCAGACAUUGUUUUUCCAUUGUAAUUUGGUUGUGCUUUAAGAUGGUUGAAAGCAUAGUGAUAACACAUUGGGAAUUCAACAACCUUCUGGCUGUCUUUCUCAGUGGGUGAAUAAAUGUUGAAAUCUCAUUGAUCAACUUCUCAACCAAAUAUUACCCAAAUUGCCACAUUGAAAUAACAUGGUGUGCCCAGUGCGUGGUUUCAUGAAGCCUUUUCCACUCCUGGUUCCCAUCACGUCCCAUGGGUUAAAGAGAGGAGUGUGGAGGGAGUUCAGUCUGAAGACAGCACUGCACUCUGCAUUAGCCUUAGGAUCUCUGCUAAUGUACUAAGCCACAGUACACAGCACAGCCCUUCAAUGCACUCUUCUUCCCCAGGGCUGCCUCUCUUCUUUCUUCAUACACAAGACACACUCCUCUUUUUAGCUCCAUCUUUCAUAAAAAAAGUAUUUUCUCUGUCACUGUUUGGAGUCCAAGGAGCUUUCUAUGAAAGCAUAGCUAUUUCCUUUUCCCUCUUAGUGGAUGACCUUUGUUUGUAUAGAAAGCCCUCUCUGAUUGAAUGCCGGAACGGAACAGGCAUGAACAAGCUAUAGUGUUAAGGCAACAGACCAGAGAGUACAGAAAUAAUAGCAUCAUGUAUGGAAAAUAACCCUCAGCAGGAAGAAUCUUAUGCUCAGCUUUGCCCUGGUUGCAUAAGACAUGAGUCUUACACUUAACCCUAAUUGCUCCUGUAAGUCGCUCUGGAUAAGAGCGUCUGCUAAAUGACCAAAAAUAAAAUAAAUAAAUAAUAGGUUCACCUCCUCAAUUGUUACAUUUUUAUUUGGUCAAAGGUAAAGGCAUUGCACCAGGGAACACUACUGACCCUCUACAGUGCAUACAAUAUACUGCCCAAUACUGGGUAGCCCUGUUUAAAAUCCUUGCUCCUCUAUCCAAAAGGCAGUGCAGGGACUGGGGUCAUGUUCAAUGAGAAUGGAGAUGCUCCUGGUCGCUAUGACAUCUUCCAGUUCCAGCUCUCCAACACCACCAACCCUGGCUACCGGUGUAUUGGCCAGUGGACAAACCAUCUGCGACUCAAUGUAAACAUUUGUUUUGGCUUAUUUCAUUUAGCUACAGUAACUUCGGAAAGUAUUCAGACCCCUUGACUUUUUUCACAUUUUGUUAGGUUAUAGCCUUAUUCUAAAAUUCAUUAAAUUGUUUUUUUUGCUCAUCAAUCUCCACACAAUACCCCAUAAUGACAAAGCAAAAACAGGUUUCUGUAAAUGUUUGCUAAUUCAUAAAAACACUGAAAUAUUACAUUUACAUAAGUAUUCAGACCCUUUAUUCAGUACUUUGUUGAAGCACCUUUGGCAGCGAUUACAGCCUUGAGUCUUCUUGGGUAUGAUGCUACAAGCUUGACACACCUGUAUUUGGGGAGUUUCUCCAAUUCCAAACUGUCAUGUUGGAUGGGGAGCGUUGCUGCACAGCUAUUUUCAGAUCUCUCCAGAGAUGUUCGAUCGGGUUCAAGUCCAGGCUCUGGCUGGGCCACUCAAGGACAUUCAGAGACUUGUCCCGAAGCCACUCCUGCGUUGUCUUGGCUGUGUGCUUAGGGUCGUUGUCCUUUUGGAAGGUGAACUUUACCCCAGUCUGAGGUCCUGAGCUUUGGAGCAGGUUUUCAUCAAGGAAAUCUCUGUACUUUGCUCCGUUCAUCUUUGCCUCAAUCUUGACUAGUCUCCCAGUCCCUGCCGCUGAAAAACAUCCCCACAGCAUGAUGCUGCCACCACCAUGCUUCACCGUAGGGAUGGUGCCAGGUUUCUUCCAGACAUGACGCUUGGCAUUCAGGCCAAAGAGUUCAAUCUUGGUUUCAUCAGACCAGAUCAUCUUUUUUCUCAUGAUCUGAGAGUCUUUAGGUGCCUUUUGGUAAACUCCAAGCAGGCCACUCCACCAUAAAGGCCUGAUUGGUUGAAUGCUGCAGAGAUGGUUGUCCUUCUGGAAUGUUCUCCCAUCUCCACAGAGGAACUCUAGAGCUCUGUCAGAGUGACCAUUAGGUUCUUGGUCACCUCCAUGACCAAGGCCCUUCUCCCACGAUUGCUCAGUUUGGCCGGGCAGCCAGCUCUAGGAAGAGUCUUGGUGGUUCCAAACUUCGUCCAUUUAAGAAUGAUGGAGGCCACUGUGUUCUUGGGGAGUUUCAAUGCUGCAGAAAUGUUUUGGUACCCUUCCCCAGAUCUGUGCCUUGACACAAUCCUGUCUCGGAGCUCUACGGACAAUUCCUUCGACCUCAUGGCUUGGUUUUUGCUCUGACAUGUACUGUCAACUGUGGGACCUUAUAUAAACAGGUGUGUGCCUUUCCAAAUCAUGUCCAAUCAAUUAAAAUCACCACAGGUGGACUCCAAUCAAGUUGUAGAAACAUCUCAAGGAUGAUCAAUGGAAACAGGAUGCACCUGAGCUCAAUUUCGAGUCUCAUAGCAAACGGUCUGAAUACUUAUGUAAAUAAGGUAGUUCUGUUUUUUAUUUUUAAUACAUUUGCAAAACUUUAUAAAAACCUGUUUUUGCUUUGUCAUUAUGGGGUAUUGUGUGUAGAUUGCUGAGGAUUUGUUUUUAAUUGAAUCAAUUUUAGAAUAAGGCUGUAAUGUAACAAAAUGUGGAAAAAGUCAAGGGGUCUGAAUACUUUCCGAAGGUACUGUAUGUUGAUGUUCACUUUAUCAGUGUUGCUAUCACUUGAUGUUCUUCAGCAUUGUUUCUGUCUCUGUCUCUGUUUCUGUCUCUGUUUCUGUGGAAGGUUGAGGAGAUGCAGUGGUCGGGUGGGGACAGUGCAGUCCCUGACUCAGUGUGCAGUUUCCCCUGUGAGCUAGGAGAGAGGAAGAAGAUGGUGAAGGGUGUGCCCUGCUGUUGGCACUGCGAGCUGUGUGAUGGAUAUCAGUACCAGCUGGAUGAGCUAAACUGUGACAUGUGUCCCUUCGACAUGCGUCCCAUGUCAAACCGGACAGGCUGCCGGUCCACACCCAUUAUCAAGCUGGAGUGGAGCUCCCCCUGGGCCAUCAUCCCUGUGUUCCUGGCUGUCUUGGGCAUCCUAGCCACCUCUGGAUGCAUCAUCACCUUCAUCCGCUUUAACGACUCCCCCAUCGUCCGGGCCUCUGGCCGGGAGCUCAGCUACGUUCUCCUGACAGGCAUCUUCCUCAUCUACCUCAUCACCUUCCUCAUGAUCGCAGAGCCCAGCGCCCCAGUGUGUGCAUUCCGCAGGCUGCUGCUGGGCCUGGGCAUGUGUAUUACCUACUCAGCUAUGCUCACCAAGACCAACCGCAUUUACCGUAUCUUUGAGCAGGGCAAGAAAGCAGUCACGCCACCUCCGUUCAUCAGCCCUGCUUCUCAGCUGAUCAUCACCUUUAUACUCAUUGGAGUGCAGGUGAGUGGGUUUCUGCCUCUCUCCUACUGCAUGUGUUGAAAACGAGGCAGUAAUACAACAGUGUUUUGUUAAAGACACAGGAAAUGGUGUCUGGAAUGGUAUACAGUAGAAUUAGCUCGAACUGCUGAACCAUGGGCCACAUCAAUCUUUUUCUAAUUCUCUGUAUAUUCAUAGUUACUUGGAGUUUUCAUCUGGUUCGGAGUGGUGCCCCCACACACCAUCAUAGACUAUGAGGAGCAGCGCCCGCCCAACCCAGAGUUUGCACGUGGGGUCCUGAAAUGUGACAUGUCCGACCUGGCCCUUGUCCUCUGCUUGAGCUACAGUAUCGUGCUGAUGGUGACCUGCACUGUGUACGCCAUCAAGAGCAGAGGGGUGCCGGAGACCUUCAAUGAGGCCAAACCCAUUGGCUUCACCAUGUACACCACCUGCAUUGUGUGGCUGGCCUUUGUGCCCAUCUUCUUUGGCACAGCCCAGUCUACUGAGAAGGUUUGAAAUUCAAUGUUAUAUUUAUAUAAUUGCUGGUAUUUAAACUUCAUUUUUGAUGUUAAAAAAAACAACAACCUAGAAAUAUGUUUUCUACAAUAAGUUCUAGAGGUAACUUCUCUAUUGAAGAACUGUCAACACUGUUAUCAAAUGCUAGUUUGUUACCUGUCAUAUCAGAUUUUUUCCAUGAGGCACUCACAGUAUGUUCAGCAUCCUCUUCAUUGAAUGACAGAUGCCAAUUUAGCUUGUGGCUUAUUUCUAUGCUUACAAAGCAGUGGAACAAUGGUCAGGAUUUAAAAGAUGGAAGUAUAUUCAGACUAGUAGGGUGUGUUAUUAAGAGGCAGUCAACCUGAAAUGAUCCAACCCCCAGGUGAUUUAAAAGUAUUUUACCCUCCGCAAAUGGAAAUGAAAUUAAUAAAAGAGGGGGGAACUCAGAAAUGAGGUCAGAUGAGCUCAGGGACAAAAUGGGUCUCUGAGAGACAAGAAAUACCCUGUACAUGCUAUUCAAUUACACAGUUACUCAUAGCUUAGAACGUCUAAAUAUAGCAUCAAUAACAUUUAGUUGUCAGAUCGCAUUAGUUGGAGACAGUAUUAUAGCAGUACAAUAACAAUGAAGCAAUGUUAUUAGAUAGGAAUGCAGGGGUAUUGAUGCAACAGAUUUUGAGAGGUACUCAGAAAAGUGUCAACAAUUGCAGGCUGAUCAAUAGGGAAGUGAGAAUGGAAGGUGUUAGAUUCUGGAGAGCACGGCAAACUUAGGGUUGGCUAUGUUUUUACAUUUUCUACUGACUUGCUUCAAUGUGUGUUGUUUUGGUGUGGAUGGUUGACUUGAUUGCUGAUGCACAUGAUAAGAAAAGAUACCUCUCUGGUCUGGAUUGCCUUUGGGUCUCAUUAGAACUGCUCUUUGUCAUAUUUCAAUGCCACUUAGUUGCUGAGCCAUACUGUACCUAGCACUAGCCUGGGGUCAGUGAUGUCUUUAAUAUGAACAAAUUUGAACGGUGCUCCCUGGUCAUCCAUGCGUUGCCACAUCAGUGCUGGCCAGGUUAUUGAGAGCCAAUAAAAACCAUGACAAAGAAGAGGACAGAGAAUAUAGAAAUAAAAAGAAAAGUGGGUUAUCCCCUCAGGAUAUUGUGCCAUGUAGCUAUUUCUUAAUUCAUGAGGUGUAUUGCUUUUGAAUUGUUAGUGCAUCGGACUCAGACCACAAGUCUGUUCUCAUUCUUGUUGUUGCCAGACUGACAACAGAGGAACACCAAGAUGAAUAGGCAAAAGGCCCAUGAAUAGAGCACCACUCCUCAGUGUUUAUAGUUACUGGGUUAUAAAUAAUUCAUCCUAGGCUAAAAACACACCCGUCUCCUGAACAUUCAGAUGAAGAAACAACGUCUGUAUGCUGUGUACCUCUGAGAUUUCACAUUAUAUAGCUUCUUCUUACAUCUUAUAUUAGUUAGCCAUAAUAAAGGUGUCAUGGGGAUUGCCAUGGAAAAUGGAAUGUACAAGUUUACUGUAUUCUCAGUAUAUCCUCAGAAUACUAUAUACUCAUUCUCAGGUUAUUCUCUGAUUUAAUAUAAUGAAUUAUAGGCAUAGGAUAGAUUUAUUUUAAAGAAAAUUAAUAUUUUGAGUUGUGAAUGCAACACAUGCAAUUCACAUAGUACCCAGCCAGGCAAUCCAAACCCUAUUGUAAAAUGUAUAGGUUUAUACUGAGGUAUUUAUUGUUAACUUUCACCCUGCCUUCUAUCUGCUCUAGAUGUUCAUCCAGACCACCACCCUGACGGUGUCCAUGAGCCUGAGUGCCACUGUGUCCCUGGGCAUGUUGUACAUCCCUAAGGUCUAUGUCAUCAUCUUCCACCCAGAGCAGAAUGUGCAGAAACGCAAGCGCAGCUUCAAGGCUGUGGCUUCCGCAGUGACCACACAACUCUCCCAGAAAGAAGACAAGCAGAACGGAGAGUCCAAAAGUAGCGCCAUAGUCCCUGAC